AUCUGUGCAUUGUGAAAGUCUGGCUCGGCAGCGAAAGGGUUUUCUGAGCCCCGUUAAAGUACUUUCUAUGCAGACACAUAAAGGGAGCGUUACAGAGAGGAGACGAUAUAGAAGGAGUUAAACUGCAGCUGACCUGUGCAGAGCAUCCAUAUACUGUAGCAGGUUUCAGGACAUUGAGAAACCAUGGCCAAUUUUAAAGGACAUGCUCUGCCAGGAAGCUUCUUACUUAUAAUUGGCCUUUGGUGGUCAGUCAAGUUCCCGCUAAGGUACGCGUGCAAGAAGAAUAAGAAAGUGUGUUUCCUAGGAUCAAAAACGGGAUUACAGAGGUUGGAUAUAAUCGAAGGAGCCGUAAAAGCUGUGUUUGCUUCAGUAGGGAUGCUAGCAGAGCAGUUUGUACCCGAUGGGCCGCACUUGAAGUUGUACAAUUAUGAAGAACAGCAGUGGAGUCACUUAAUGAACUGGCAACAUUCCACCAUGUACUUCUUCUACGGCAUCUCGGGGGUGGUGGAUAUUAUCACCCACACCACCAAAGCUGUACCCGUGGCAGUAGACAGGGCAAUGAUGUCAAUUGCUGUCUUUGUUGAAGGGUUUCUAUUUUAUUAUCAUGUUCACGGGAGGCCGAUGCUAGAUACUCAUAUACACACGCUUCUGUUGGUGGCUAUAUUUGGUGGAUCUCUGUGCAUUUUCCUGGAAAUAUUUCACCGCGGGAACAUCAUCCUUGAAUUAUUCAGGUCUAGUUUAUGUAUUCUGCAAGGCAGCUGGUUCUGGCAGAUUGGCUUUGUACUUUUCCCACCUGGCGGCGGCCCUGAGUGGAACCAAAUGGAUCACAAUAACGUGAUGUUUAUUACAAUGUGCUACUGUUGGCACUAUGCGUUUGCGCUCCUUAUUGUUGCAGUUAAUUAUGGCAUCGUCAUAUGUGUGGUUAACUCGAAAAUGAAGUCUGCUCAGCCGAUGGAGAUGGAAUUGCUGAAAUCCCGUGAGCGAGAGCAAGACUCCGAAGAUGAAAUAUAGGGAACGAUGCAACCGAUUCUUUUUUUUUAAUAAUAUUUAGAACAGGGGUGAAACAGUUUUAGAAUUGAAUUGGAUAUUUUCAUUUUAUAUCACGGCGUAACGUCCCAGCUAUCCUCUGUCUACAGCUCUCAAGGACUAGAAUUCGAUGCCCCUAGUCUACGAUUCGGAAUUACAUCAUAUAUCACUCCCUAAAUCUGGGAGUUAUGGUGUGUGAAUUUUGCUGUUUAAUUUGUGCUGGAAGUUAUCUUUCGCCAUUCAUGCACCUUUAAUUUGCUUGCUCUAAAUCAUUCCAUAAAUACUAAUCAUUCCUAGAGGUAACUUGAAGAUCAUUUUCUGAUAGUUAAAAAAAAAUACAUAGAUUACAAAUCGACUGCGGUGCUCCUUCAAGGUGU